AUGAGUUGCCUUAAAAACUUCCCAAAUCUGCUCCAAAUAUUAAGAAGUCGCUUCCUGAAGUCGUUCAACCAUGGUCAGCAGGGGACUUCCAAGGAGAUCCGUCUGCUCACGAAGCUGUGCUAUGCUGUGGGUGGGGUGCCGUAUGCCAUCACCAUGGCAGCCAUCAACAUUUCCCUGCAGAUUUUCCUUCUGGAUGUUGUCCAGAUUCAGGCCUUCUAUGUGUCCAUGAUCCUGUUUGUGAGUCGGGCCUGGGAUGCGGUGACUGAUCCUCUGAUCGGGUAUCUGGUGAGCCGCAGUCGAUGGACGCCGGUUGGAAAACUCACUCCAUGGCUGGUUGUCUCCGCGCCUCUCGCCAUCCUGUCCUACCUGCUGCUGUGGUUCGUACCUCCGGCCUCCGUCUCUGGAGGCUCCAGGAUGCUGUGGUUCCUGGCAGCGGCCUGCAUGUUUGAAACGCUCAUGAGUUGCUAUAACGUCCCGUACCUCUCGCUCAACAUGUUCCUGGGAGGAGAUCAGAGAGACCGAGACUCUGCAACCGCCUACAGAAUGAGUGUGGAGGUGGUGGCGAUGCUGCUGGCGUCGGUGAUUCAGGGACAAGUUGUGUCUGUUUACAACGCCGAGAAACAGGAGGCCUGCGAGGAGCUGGACUCUUCCCACCAAACGGCCCUCCUCGGCACAUCUUCACCACAGUCUGCCUCCCUGCAGGAGACGCAAAAGGCGUUCCUGACCUCUGGUCUGGUCGUGGGCGCCUUGUUUUUUCUCUGCGGCCUGGUUUUGUUCCUCGGGGUGAAGGAGCAGCGAGGUGAAUCAUCCAGAGAUACUCAGAGGAAAAAAAAAAUUGAAAUGAAACAUGUUGUCUGUCUCCUCUGCUCUGAUGGCAGCGUCCGGCCGUCCUACCCGACCUCCCUGAGGCUGCUGAUGCGACAUGUUCCUUAUCAGAGGCUCGUCUUGGGCUUCGUGUUCAGCGCGUUCGCCUUCCAGAUGCUUUCUUCCCCCUCUGCUUUGUCUCAGAUGUCCUUGGGUAAUUUUGCACUGUUCUGCACUCAUGCAGCUGAGCUAGGAGACCAUUUUCAACAGCUCCUGUUGAUUUUACUGGUUUCUGCCUCAGUAGCUGUUCCCCUGUGGCAGGUCGUGCUCCUGAGAAUUGGGAAAAAGGCCACAGUUUUCAUCGGACUCUCGCUCUUCAUUCCUGCAGUGACUGUCGUGGCCUGCUUUCCCACUAACCUGCCAGUCUUCAUGAGCAUGUGCACUCUGAUGGGAUUCAGCGUGGCGACCAUAUUCCUGUUACCCUGGUCAAUGCUCCCGGAUGUGGUGGACGACUUCGCUGUGAGGCAUCCCUCCUGUAAAGACCUGGAGCCUCUGUUCUUCUCCUGCUACGCCUUCUGCAGCAAGCUGGCAGGAGGCCUCUCUGUCGGACUCUCCACCAUGACCUUGCAGUUCGUGGGCUACAAAGCAGGUGCGUGUAACCAUGACGACAGAGUGGUCCUGGCUCUGAUUUUGCUGUUCUCGCCAGUUCCCAUUGCACUUCUGCUGGUGGGGAUGGCGUUUUUUCACUCCUAUCCGAUCAAUGAGAGGCAAAGCUUGCAGCUACGGGAACAGCUCCAGUAA